UGAGAGACGAACAAAAAACAGAAACAUGCCCAGAGACGAGAAGAGCGGGAGGACGGGUCGAGGUGAAACGCUGGAAUAAUAACAAAAAUAAAAAAGCUACAGGUGGAGUGAAGAUAAAGAAGUGUUUCUGCAUCCAGUGCUGACUCAACUGAAACAAACCAUUUUGUAGAUCCAGUAGAGACAGGUGGACAUUGAAAGACAGAGAAGAGAAAAAGACAGAAAAAGUACAAUGGCAGAGGCCCCGAAGAUUGAACUCUUUGUUAAGGCCAGUGAUGAUGGUGAGAGUAUUGGGAACUGUCCUUUCUGUCAGAGACUCUUCAUGAUUCUUUGGUUAAAGGGGGUCAACUUUACCAUCACUACUGUGGACAUGAAGAGGGCACCUGAUCAGCUGAAGGAUGUGGCUCCAGGCUCUCAGCCUCCCUUCCUCAUGUAUAACGGUGAGGUCAAAACGGACACUAACAAGAUUGAGGAGUUCCUGGAGGAGACCCUAGCUCCACCACAGUAUCCAAAACUGUGCUGUAAUAACAGAGAGUCCAACUGUGCCGGAGAAGAUAUCUUCCAGAAAUUCUCAGGAUAUGUGAAGAAUCCCCGACCUGAUUUGAAUGAAACACCAGAGAAGAAAUUUCUGUUAACUCUGCUGAAGCUGAACAUGUACCUAGAGACACCUCUGGAUUACGAGCUGAAACAGAACCCAAAUGCCACUGUGUCUUCACGUCUCUUCCUGGAUGGUGACUCCCUCACCUUGGCAGACUGCAACUUGCUUCCCAAACUCAACAUUGUCAAGGUGGUGUUGAAGAAGUACUACAACUUUGACAUCCAGUCAAAUCUGAAGGGCCUGACACGUUACCUGGAAAAUGCCUACAAACGAGAUGAGUUUCGUUACACCUGCCCAAACAACGAUGAGAUUGAACUGGCGUACAGACCUGUCGUAAAACACGUGAACAAAUCUCAAAAGUGAAACUGAGAACAAAGAAGGAUAGAGUGAGAAAUGCAGAGAACAAAGGAGAGAAGAUGACAAAAUGCCUGAAAACUGUAUAUGACUUGUUUUGUUUGUCUCGAAAUGAGAGCCUGGAUGAUGAAUACUGCAGUGGCAUAUUCAAUAACAAGCUUUCUAUAAAAAAGUGUUGAGUUUUACUAUAUUUGCCAACUGCUACUUCAGAGUUACUUAAUUCUUUUUUGUAAAUAUACUACAUGUGCUGUUGCAUGCACUAAUUGUACUGAUGCGGAUUUGUUAUUCAACCCCAGUAAGAGCGAGAAAGCACUGUAAAUCCCAGAAAAUAUUUAUGUUAUAUCUUGUUGUGCAUGUAUGUAUUGUCUCUAAGCCUUUAUGUAAUGUCAAUUGCGAUUAAAUAAUGACAUGAAAUCAGAUAAAUCUUUAAAUCAAAUGUUAAAAAUAUGAUUAGUGUAAACAUAAAAAAGCAAAUGGCCUUGCUGUAAAUAAGGCAAACUGUAAAGGUAGUCUUUGCCUUUAAAGUAUAUUUAAUGGUAAGUUUUUAAACUAACAAGAAAUAUUGUGUCUUUCAAUGAUUAUUAGUAAGGCCCCUCAUAUUUUUUCCAUCCGUCCUUGUAAUUUGUGUGUGUGUUGUGUGCGUGUGUAUGAGUGCAUGUAUCUCAGUUAUAUUUAACUCUGACAUAGAUAAAGGAAAAAAUAUUUUGAUAUGGUAAAUAUUAAAGACUAUGCAAACAAGUUUGGUGUUGGUCAUAUCAAUAUUGGGCAAGUUUAAUGAUGUGUGUCAAUUAAAGUAAAAAAACAAAACA